AUGUCGCUUGCCAAAAGAAACAACGGGUGUUACGAAUGCUGCAAAAGGCGUCUCAAGUGUGACAAAACAGAACCAGAAUGUCUCAAGUGCCAAAAGAAGGGUAUUUCCUGCUCCGGCCAGGGUCUACGGUGCCGGUUUAGCAGCCACAUGGCUACCACAGCAACACCCAUGACAUUGACUUUUACUACCACAACGUCUUCUUCUGAACCAAGUCCUAAUCAGCCUGAAAAGUCCUUUCGAUGGGUUGAACCUGGAAAACGGUUUAGAAAGGAUCGCGUGAGAAACGGUCAAGGGAGGAAUAGUCCUACGACGUUGCAACAUACAGACUCUGCUUCUUCGGAUGAUGUUGCUUCACCAUCAUCUGAUGACUCUUUUGACUCGAGUCCAAGGGCUGUUGUACCGUAUGCUCAUCGUAUCACGAUUCACCCAGCUCUCAACGCAGUGUCAAGUUCACAAACAAGAAAGAUGUUUAGUCAUUUCUCCGAGAUAAUAGCCUCACACAUGGUUGUCCUCGACUCAAACAGCAAUGGAUACAGGGAUGUCAUCCUACCACUAGCAUACCACGACGACAACCUCGCACAAGCUGUGUCUGUCGUGUCAGCGUUUCACCUCGGUCAGAAAGACCCUAGGUUACAACACGUCGCCGAAACAGGCCAUCAAGCAAUCGUCCAGAAACUACGGCGUGAUUCUCUACAACUCAGCCCGGAGCAGCUUUUCAAUCCGUAUAUCCUGGCCACUAUCUUGGUACUUCUUGUUGGGGAGACGAUCACAGGAGCGGAUAAUUACACAUAUCUUCUCGAGAUGUUGAAUUGUCUCACGUCGUAUCCGGAUUGGAUAACAAUGCUGCCGCCGAGUUUGAAAGACUUCUUUCUUCAGCAAAUCAAGAUGUUUCAACUCUUUGGUGUUCCGCUAGCCAACGAAUCCAAAGGUCUACAAGUACUCACCGGCCCAGAAGCAUACCUAGACUUCAUGUCCUAUCCCGAACUCCCCCCAGACUCAGAGCACUUACCCAAUAUUGAAGUAAUCCGCUCCGCCAUCUUCGACGCCUGCAGCAUCUACCGGCGCCGCGCCGAAUCAUCCCUCUCUGAUGAAGAGUCCAUCCAUCUCGUCGAGCAACUACGUCAAAAGGUGCUCAACCUAGAUGCUUCUACCAAAGGCGUUCACGCGCUUGUGUGGACGUACUUUGUAGCAGCGGCAGAGAGUGUUUUGCCAGAGCACAGGGAGUUUUUCUCAACUAGAUUGGCGGAUUUGUAUAGUGUGACGAGUUUCGGAAGUAUUCCUGUUGCUGUGAAAGCGUUGAAGACGAUUUGGGGUAUGCAAGGUCAGAGGAGAUGGACUGAGAUUGUCAGUAGUGAGACACCGAUUCUUAUCAUGUAG